GUCUCUCUCUCUCUCUCUCUCUCUCUCUCUCUCUCUCUCUCUCAUUAGGGUUUCCUAUUCAGCUUUCGGCCACUCGCGCCUGAAACUUCGUCUCCAAGUCUUGACAUGAACUGUGGAAGAAAUGAGGAGUUGGAAUACCAAGGUUGGGCUGUAGGCGACUUGGAUGGCAGCUAUGCUGCCCCUGUGUCGCCUAUGAGUCGUCGGUAUGGCCAGAUUUCUGCUCAUGGUGAUAGUGUGAGUCGAGAUGGGGCAAAGGAACAAGUGAGGUGGAAGGGCGAUACGAAUUCCGAGGAUUUUUAUGGUUACAUAUUUAUGUGUAAUGGGAGAACCAAGCCGGAAUGCUACAUGUACCGUGUUUUUGGACUUCCUGCUGGAAGAAGGGAAUUUAUUGAGAAGAUUAGGCCAGGCAUGAAGCUGUUUCUAUUUGACUAUGAUGUGAAGUAUCUUUAUGGAGUAUAUGAAGCAACCACUGGUGGAAGAUUGAACUGGGAGACGACUGCUUUUGGUGGGAAAUUCCCUGCACAGGUGAGAUUCCAUAUCUACAAGGAAUGUCUCCCUCUGCCAGAGAGUUGUUUCAAGCAUGCUAUUCGAGAUAACUACCAGAUAGGCUCCAAAAAAUUUAAUCCAGUUCUCAGUAGGCAACAGGUAAGUCAUCUAUUAUCAUUAUUCAAUCCUCUUACAAAGCCGUCAUCUGCUAUCUAUGACCAAUACCCUGCAAAAGAUCAAUUUCAAUCCCAUUCAAGGCUUCCUCCUCAAAGCUAUCCAUACGUUAACUUGAUAAACUCCAGUCAUGCUCCACAAGUGUCACUACCUCCAAGCUAUUCUUCAAUGUAUGACAGAAUUACUUCACCAGCCUUGGAGCCUCAGUAUACUCAAAUGAAUGUCCUGCAGCCAGAACAUGAUGGUUAUAGAUAUGCAGCAAAGAUUGGCGCCUACAACAAUACUGCAGUGCAACCACAAUAUAAUUCAGCUCCAUAUCAGACAUCUUAUUCAUUAGAAGCUGGGCACCCGUACUUGCCUGAAGUACCCAAAUCCUAUGAAAGGUAUGAGGCUGCUGCACAGGCUACGGUCUCUACUCAUCAAUACAGUGACUGGACGUAUGAGUACAAUCAGCUACCAUCACAGACCCAGAUGCAGAUGCAGGAAUAUGCUGCUCAACACCAGAGUCUCUAUCAAGUGCCUGAAGCCCAUCAUGUUGCACGGCCUAUACAACAACAUGGAUUGACAUUCGAAGAGCCUGGACUUGAUGUGAGGACUCUUCCCAUUUCAUCAUCAAAUACCUGGACUCUAAUCUGGCUGAGAGAAAGCCUCUGCUUAUUUCCAAAGUGCUUUCUAAUGGGCAACUGCUGCUCCGACGACCCCGGCGGCCGGACGGCUGUCGGCGGCACCGCCGCUUCUAUAGGCAACCCCAACGACGCUCACAACGACGCCGUCGAUCACCUCCUCAAGUCCCGCGGCUACCACGGCCUCUUCUCUCAGAUCGAGUUAUCCUUGGCUGCUAUAGACUUGCGUGAUCGCGACGUGCUCUCAAAGAGCGAUCCAAUGGUGGUUAUCUAUACAAAAGGAAGAGAUGGAGGACUUGUAGAGCUUGGCCGCACUGAAGUAGUUCUAAAUUCUUUAAAUCCAAAAUGGAUCACAAAGCAUAAUAUCACUUAUCAUUUUGAGGUCGUACAGACUUUGGUGUUUCGCGUGUAUGAUGUCGAUACUCAGUUUCACAAUGUGGACGUGAAGAUGCUUAAGCUGGAUGAACAACAGUUUCUUGGCGAGGCAACUUGUGCACUGUCUCAGAUAGUUGCAAAAUCAGACAGAUUAUUAACCCUGGAUCUUGUAUAUAGAGAGGAAUCAAGCAGAUCAAACCGUCAUCAAAACCGUGGAAAGCUCAUUGUACAUGCUGAGGAGUCUGUUAGCUCAAAGACAACAAUAGAGAUGAGUUUGAGGUGUUUAGAUUUGGAAUACAAGGAUCUCUUCUCGAAAAGUGACCCUUUUUUGGUAAUAUCGAAAGUUGUGGAGAGUGGUAUCACAAUUCCAGUUUGCAAAACAGAAGUCAUAAAGAAUGAUCUCAAACCCGCAUGGAAGCCAAUAUAUUUGAAUAUUCAACAAGUUGGAAGCAAGGACAGCCCCUUGAUAAUAGAGUGUUUUAACUUCAACAAUAAUGGCAAACAUGAUUUGAUUGGAAGAUCUCAAAAAUCACUGGCCGACCUAGAAAAGCUUCAUACUAGUGGACAAGGAGAAAAUUUAUUUCUACCUACUGCUGCUGGGCAUGAUCACCACAACAAGAUGCUGAAAAGCCAACUAUUUGUAGACAAGUUUACUGAGAGUGUCCAACACACAUUCCUUGAUUACUUGGCUGGGGGCUGUGAAUUAAAUUUCAUGGUGGCUGUUGAUUUUACAGCUUCAAAUGGGAACCCUCGCCUGCCCGAUUCUUUGCAUUAUAUAGAUCCUUCAGGAAGAACCAAUGCAUACCAGAGAGCAAUCAUUGAGGUUGUGGAGGUCUUGCAGUUUUAUGAUACAGACAAGCGCUUUCCAGCCUGGGGAUUUGGAGCCCGACCAAUUGAUGGUCCAGUUUCCCAUUGUUUCAACUUGAAUGGGAGUAGUCAUCACUGUGAGGUUGAAGGAAUCCAAGGAAUUAUGGUGGCAUAUUCAAGUGCCCUCCAAAACGUUUCUCUUGCUGGACCAACCCUUUUUGGACCCAUUAUUACUAAUGCCGCAUCAAUUGCCAGCCAGUCUCUUUCUAAUGGUGGACAAAAGUACUUCGUUUUGUUAAUAAUCACGGAUGGAGUAGUGACAGAUCUCCAAGAAACUAAAGAUGCUCUCGUGAAAGCAUCUGACCUGCCAUUGUCAAUCCUCAUUGUUGGAGUAGGAGGAGCUGACUUCAAAGAAAUGGAGAUUUUGGAUGCUGACAAGGGUGACAGGCUUGAAAGUACAACUGGACGUGUUGCUUCACGUGAUAUAGUGCAAUUUGUUCCUUUCCGAGAUGUACAAAGUGGAGAAAUUUCCGUUGUUCAGGCGCUUUUAGCAGAACUACCAUCUCAAUUUCUGACUUACAUGCGAUCCAGAAACAUUAAACCAAAUUUGUGAACAUCUAAACAAUUGUACAUAUGAAGAUUCAUCUUCUACUCCGGAUUGUCAUGCAGUAUGGAGCCUGAAGGUUCUCUUUUACUUUUCCUUUUUGGUUGCACACAAGGCAAUCCUAAUGUCCUUUUAUCACAAAGAGCAAUUUUAUGUUGCAUCUUGUUGGAGUUGGAAUCGGUGUGCCCGCAUCCGCACAGUCCUGGUAGCAUUUUGAGACAGCCAACUUGAAGUGCACACAAUUUAUCUUUACUGGGCUUUUGGUUCUACAGCUAGAGGCGCUCAAUGUGAACAGCAAGGUUGUUUCCUGCAAUGGGAAUGCCUUUCUUUCGAAAUCAACAAUUGGAGAAAGAUGUGAAGAACUUUACUUUUCAGAAUAGAAACAGGUGUUUUCGUAUGAAAAUGGUAGUUCUGUAAAGUGUUCAAAUAUUACAUAUAGCCUCUUUCCAGAAUUCCAGGUCCUUUUUGUUUCGAGACUUUUGCUCGCUUUCCCCUGCUGUUUGUUUUUGUUAGGACAAUGUUAUGACCCAUGUGUUCAAAUUACGGGUUUCAUUAGAAACUGAGCAUUUCUAAGCAGACACGAGAAACUACAGCUACUACAUUGAUGGGUGCCAAGGCAUGUAAAAAGUGGCACUAGUGAAAUUUCUCGUCAUUUUGUUCUUGUAACUUUCUCUACAUGGCAUAUGAAGCUGUGAAAUAUUAUAAGAUAAUUUCUUUUCGAUCCUUUGUCGGUUGAUCCUUGAUUGACUACCGGAAAUUUGCUUUGCAGU